AUGACGGAAUUCAAGCCUUCGCGCAUCCUCAUAUUUGGUGCCACCGGCCAGAUCGGGGCCUUCAUCACUGAGGCGAUCCUGUCGGCAAACCCCGCGUUCCAGCACGUCGCUAUUUUCACCAGCGAAAAUACCGCUCGAACUAAGCCUGAUUUGCUGCGCGGUUGGACGGAACGUGGUGUGUCUAUUAUCACCGGCGACGUGGCCGACAAAGGCCAGGUCCUCGCCGCAUACAAGGGCAUCGAUACCGUUGUCUCGGCGGUCGGCCGCAACGUCCUCGACCACCAAACAGACCUGCUCCGUUGGGCUGACGAGCAAGAGAAUGGCAGUGUGCAAUGGUUCCUCCCUUCCGAGUAUGGCACGGAUAUUGAGUAUGGGCCCAAGAGCGCUACUGAGAAACCCCACCAACUCAAGCUCAAAGUGAGGAAGUUUGCUCGAGAGGCGCUGAAGAGGGUGAAAUACAAGGUCGGUGGUUAUGACGUGCAAAACAAGAGGGCCGUGCUCGUCGAGGAUGGCAAUGGCAAGGUGGGGUUCACCUCAAUGCGGGACGUCGGAAAGGGUGUGGUCGCCGCCCUCCAACACCCCGAGGCUUCGUUUGACCGAGUCAUCAAGAUCCAGUCCUUCGUUGUUACUCCCGAGGAAAUCUUGACCGAGUUUGAAAAGCAGACUGGCGGUCAGCCAUGGACGGUCGAGUACACACCUCUCGAUGAUUUGAGGAGGCUUGAGGAUGAUGCUUGGAGCCAAGGAAAAGGAUGGUCGACGCUGGCAACCCUGAGGAGGAUAUGGGCUGAAGGAGGCACCUUGUAUGAACGUACCGACAAUGAGGCCAUUGGUCUACACGACGAGGAUCUAGAGUCGCUUGCGACCACCGUGCAGAGGAACAUUGCUCAGGUGACAAGCUGA